AGGGAUUGGUUUCAGAAGACUCAGGGGGUUUGGAUCAGUCCUCUCUUCCCACCGCUUCCCUCCACUCAUACAUCAGACGCAGACAUAUCUCAGACCAGAUUUAAGACCGAUUUAAUUGAAUACCUGAAGAGUUACACAUCGGUUGAAAUCAACGAAUGGAUUCAAACCAUUAGACGACACGAUUUAUCGGCGGCCAAAGUAUUUCUCGUGGGAUCCGUUCCGGGAAGACAUAUGGGCGCCGACAACAAGUGCCGAUUCGGUCACUUGAAGUUACGGCGACUGUUGUCAGAGUUCGGGCCGUCGGCUAAGAAUGUGGACUCGAGUUGGCCCGCAAUCGGACAGUUCUCGAGCAUCGGUUCGUUGGGUCCGACGGCCGAUAAAUGGCUCACAAAUGAGUUUCUCAGCACUUUAUCCGCUGUUUGUGGCGCCAAAUCACUGGUCACUAAACCGCGACUGAAGUUAAUAUUUCCAUCCGUUGAAAACGUGAGGACCUGUUUGGAGGGCUAUAGCGGUGGCGGUUCUCUGCCCUACAGUUCUCAAACGCAUCGAAAACAAACUUAUUUGACAUCAUAUCUGCAUUCGUGGCGAAGCGAACGCACGGGUCGUUCAAUCGCGUGCCCACACAUCAAGACAUACACCCGACUGUCAGGCGAUAGCAAACAAAUGGCAUACUUUGUGCUGACUUCGGCCAACCUAUCAAAGGCCGCGUGGGGUCAGCUCGAGAAGAAUGACACACAACUGGCCAUCAAGUCAUAUGAAAUUGGAGUCCUUUUUAUACCUAAACUUUUUACAAAUCAAGAGUUUUUUGAGAUUUCAAAGUCUGAAGACUCGGAUAAGUUGUCAAACAAUUGUUUUCCCAUUCCAUACGACACUCCAUUGACUCCAUAUUCUCUAAAUGAUGAAGUUUGGACGUGGGAUACGCCUCACACCCAAAUGCCCGACACUCACGGCAACGCUUGGAUACCUCAGACAUAA